UCCCCGCAGCCGUUCCGCUGUGCGCCUGGGACACCCCGCCAGCCCUGCGGGAAGGCCGCUUUGCGCUGGGCUCUGGCGGUGCGGGGCGCUGCCUUCCCGCCGCUCGUGUCCCGGCUGCAGCCUCGGGAGGGGCUCUGGAGGGGCCCAGUGACCACGCCGUGCAUGGCCGACUGCUCAAAGCAGCCAUGAAAGCUGAUAAUCCGAAAUGUUGAUCUCAUGAAUUCCAAAAUGAAACAGAAACUGACCGCAGAACAGUCCUCAGGAUCUUUGCAGAAGUAUCUCACAGAUACCACAUGCAGUGCUGCCCGAAGACCGACUCUUAAAAUGAUUCAGCCUUCAGCAGCUGGUAACCUGGUUGGCAGGCGUAAUGAGAAUAAAUCUUCAGUCAGAAGGAAACUCUGUAAUAACAAAUUUGCCUCAAAGGCUUGUAAAGCUGAGGUGUCUGUGGACAAGGAGCAAGAGAAUGAGAAUGUCAUUCAAGCUGAAGAUCUCAUGAUGAAAGGAGAUCCUUCAUCUCAGUAUUGGAAAGAAGUGGCUGAAGAAAGAAGGAAGGCUCUGUUUGAAGUGCUUCAAGAAAAUGAAAAGUUACACAAAGAAAUCGAGCAGAAGGAUGGUGAAAUUGCCCGCCUAAAAGAAGAAAAUGAAGAGCUCAUGACCCUUGCUGAGCAUGUCCAUUAUAUGACCAGUGUGAUUGAGAGGCUAACUGGGCAAGCACCUGACAAUCUUGAGACACUGGAGAGUCUGGCUCUAGGGGAACCCAGGCAGGAAAAUGAAGAGCAUAAUUGUGGAGAUGAGGCAGACAGCCCUUCUGAAGAAGAGACAUCACAAGUAUUGUCUGGCUUGAAAGAGGAUAGAUCAGAUCUUCUUUCAAAGGAAGCAAGCCAUGUGCAACUAGAAUGACAACCUUUAAAAAGGCUUAUUAUGUAUGUGGCUUUUAAUUGCAGAUUUCCUUUUGAAAGGAUAUACUAAACCUCAGGUAUAGAAACUCUUGUGGGAACAUUGCAGAUGUUGGUAUUUUUAACUGAAAUUAUGUAGCAGUGGGAAGAGCAUAUGAAUACUGCAUGGAAAGUUUACUACAGACUGCAUGUAGUUGCUUGUAUGAAACGCAAAUACUGUGUAUUUCAACUGUUGUGUAAAUAUCUUUCUUAUCAGUUGGUCUGACAUGAUGCAUGAAAAUUGAUAAAUAAAUUUUUGCAUUACCAAAAUAGUGUCUUAAUUCACAGGGGAAUGGCUAAUCCUUGAUUUAAAUCAAUUAUGACUCCUGUUGGUGGAAGCUUUCAAGAGUUUGAGGGAAUGCCUGGGCAGUUUUUAGUUCUUUUUAGAUUUGCAGAAUUCUGGAGAACAAAAUUGCUUUUUCUGUGGAUAGAGUGGGGGGAAAAGCAAAAAUUUGCAUGCUGUUGGUGAGGUUUCAGAAAAUCUUCCUGGGUAAUAAAAAGUCAAAAUAUAAAGGUCAGUUAGAUUUAUGAUUUUCUGGCUUUUUAAAAUUAAUUUCCUCUGCCUUCUAAGGAAGCAUUUUACAAGUUGUGUAAUGAGAGCUUAAGUAGCAAAUAUUAGACCUUUUAUUUUAGUAAUACUUUAGUUGGCUUAUGAAGAGAAGGUGGUGUGUUCUUGGACCCAGUUGCAGCUGUACUUGAAAACUAGGUGGAGACAAAGCAGCCUAUACUUCAGAGCUAUUCUGAAAGGAAACACUGUUUUCAAGGUACUGCUGUGGUAUUUACCAAGAGACAGACACCCUCUUACCAAGGUUUUGAAAGGUUUACAGGAAUAGAAAGGGUCUUUAAAAUCUUGAGCACCUUAUCUCGUAUCUGCAUGGGCUGUGAUGGAGCAGGAUACAGAUUUUCUACUACUGAGUGAACUCGGGGCAGUUCUGUGACAAGGCUUUAACAAUGGUGCCUGUCACCAUGUCUUGGGAGGAGCUUAAAGCUGAGUGGCUUUCAGGAGGCAGAAGUGAAUAGAAGCCUCCUGGUUUGUGGAUCUCUCUGGCCUUGCCAAAGAUGGUUGCUUCAGGGUAUGUGUGAAUGACUCUGGAGCUAUCAGAUUGGCACCUUUAUAUUCCUUCUGUUUUACUUCCUGUGGCUGUUGAUAAGUUAACAGAUGUUUUACAACAGAUUUCAGUUGUGACAUCCAGGAAAUGUCAGAAGCCAUUGUAGGCAGUAAUACUCCUGGCUGCUAUUUUACCUCAAGCAUGCUAACUAGAAAAUGAGGCAUCACAAUUUUCUUGUGAAUUUUGUAAGCACAAGAUUAUCUUCCAAUGUGUGCUCCAGGGAGCGCUAAGACAUUCAUUUCCAUCACAGUGCUGAGAAGGUGAUAAAAGUGUGUCCUUUAUCUUGCACUGAUGCUGUUUUGAAGAAACAAAACUGGGUGCUGGGCAAAUGUUUUGUAAAGUAACCUUGGUUUUCUGUUAAGUGGAUAAUGCUUGUCAAAUGACUUAGACCUGUCCUAUCUCAGAUUCUAAGCAACUUUCUUAACAAAGUAGUUCAACAUUAGUAAAUAAGGAAGCAUUUUCAUUUUGAUAUAAUUGUUCUUUGCAGUUCAAUUUAGUUUAAGUUAUUGUUAACUAUAACGUUUUUAGAGGUGGCUUUAUUUUUAGACAUCAGUCAUACUUUAUUUGCAGAGGCUGUAGAAGGGAAGAAGGGACUGUGGUAUGGCUAGCAGACCAAACUGAGACAGCAAGUGCAACUUUUCCACUGUUUCAAUUCCUGCUGUGUGAGCUGCUGUAGUACAGGUGCUGUUGUUGGAACAGAACUGCCAGAAAGAGACAAAUCCAGAAUUUGUGUGCAGUAUCUUCAUCUCUACAUCAGUAUCUUAUGUCAAUCAAGAAGAAUGCUUAUUAGGUUUAAAUCUUAUGUUUUUUCUGGAUUCAUUUUUAUUUAAAUAAAAAGAUGUGACAGUCCCUUGAUAUGCUGGAUCCUUCGUUGAAAUAGACUAUGUACAAGUAAAUCAUGGAAGUACUGCAAGUAGGCUGAUGGAUGUGUUACAGCAUUUGGCCCACUUCUAGGUAGAGUAAAUUCUUAUAUCAAAAAGGCAUGUGCCACUUAGUAAUACAUACUAAUGUUUUAAACCAAGACUACUAUGGUUUUAUUAAGUGCAAUUUGUUAGCAGAGCGGAUAAUUUGCUGUAGAAACUGAAAAAACCUGUGAUGCCUGAGAAGGCUACAUGUGAGAAACAAAUUGCCACAGUAAUAAAACCAUUAUACAUGCUUUGUCACAGAUGCAUUGAACCUUGAUCAAACAGUGACUAUGCCUAUUGUAUCAGACAUUAAUGUAUGGAAAUGUUCUCAGCAGUUUUAGGAUGCUGCAAUAAUUGCUGUUUAAAAGUAUUCUGAAAGGAUCGAGUUUAUUGUUCUGAAAAUUCCUGAGUGCUUUUAUGAACAUGCAUGUAGUAGCACUGUGCUACAUAUUAAGUCUAGGAGCUUGGUAUUUAGGUGCUAACAGCUUGUCAAAGGUGUAGAAAUUAUACAGAGACUUGUUUGUGAUUAGUUCUCGUACAACCAGUAUGUAGGGAAACUCAUUUGUCACUGUAACACAGCUAUGUAGCAGCUGAAAAUGAGCAUCACUAAAGACAACCUUUAUAUCCAGCUAAGUUACAGAGAGAACAUUCUAUCUAGCACAAUAAAAUGAUCAGUUCUGGAA